UGUUAGUGAGCCAGUCUGAGGGUGAGCAAAGAAUGAUGCACUAUGCCAGCAACCAUGUUACACAGGUAGUAGGUGAUGGGAGCUAUGUGUCACGCUCGAGGGUACAGGGGAGUGUUGUCACACGAGCCAGGGCAGAAAACCAUGUUGACUUUCAUGCUCAAAAUGAUAUACAAUAUGUUUCAAGGGGCCAGAGUAAUCAGGUAUCCUAUCAAGUGACACAUCAACAGGGGAAACAAGCAAAGAAAAGGAAAAGCUCAAAAAUGGGUGGUGCAACUCUCAGCCCACCUCAGGUAAUCAGUUCCGACCUGAACUGGAGUCCUCUCCCAAAACGACAUGCUUCACCAUCAGAGAGUUUGUGUGUUGCACUUUAUUGUGAUGAUGGCUGGGAAGAUGACCAACCACUAGAGAAAACUACAGCUAGUCAGUCAGUCCGACCGCGUUUACCAAGUUGCAGCUAUCAACGGCCAAAUCGACCUUCCCUUAGAAGUCUCACCUUUACUGACGAAAUAUCGGACGACAACAUUCCAGAUCACUGUUCACUCACUCCACCUGUGAGUCCAGCAGUACAGCUUCGACCCUACACUAACCCCAGGGACACACCGACCCAUCAUCCACCACUUCUCCAGAGCCCUACCCACCGGCUGGCUGCUCUGCCAGCGCAUGAUCUUACACUGGAAUCUCUGCAUGACCUGAAUUGGUUACAUAAAAUGGAACCAGAUGAUCAGGUUGUUCUUGAGGUGCAUGUCAUAUGGUCAAUUCUUUCUCUAAUGGUUGUACUAUUAGCUUGCUAUACUUUGCAUCAUCAGCCACUAACAGGCUGAAAUUUAGAUCUGAAACUAAGUAAGAUGUAAGUGUAUGGAAAGGUUUGUUCUGUUUCUUUACCUUUUUUAAAUAUUAUCUUACUCCUACAUUUUUUCAGUUUAAAGUUUUCAAUAAGACAUGCAAAUAAGGAUCAAUUCAAUUCCAGUCUUACUAAUAAAUAAGCAAAUAUUUUAUUUUUGUACAUAUCAUUCAUUUUGGAAUAAGUGUUUUCUUUUCUUAAGCUUUAUAAAACUCUGGUUUUAGGAUUGAAUCAUCCUGUAAUUACAUGUCUGGUUUUAUUCAUGAAAUCCAUUGUAAUUGAUAACAUCACUUGAAACUGUCAGAUAACUGUAAUAUUUAAUUUUUGUAUUAUGUAAUAAUAAUAGUCUUUCUUCAGGUUUUCAGAAUUUAUUUCAUUACUCAUAUACAGGUAGGAGAGUUAACUUACAUAUUUAUAUAUUAAUAAAAAAUAUAAUACAAGCCAUAAGUAGUUUAUUUAUUUAUGAUUAGGCUGUAUGAACUGUAUAAAAUUUCUUGAUGUACAUCUUAUUAUUGGAAAGGAAGAUAAAAGUUUAAACUAUUUUCCCAUUCAAGGCUAUUCAUAACAGAUGUAGAAAUACAUCAUGACCCCGAUAUGCUAUUGACAUGACAACUUGAUUUGCUUAUACUAGUUGGUCUAUAGUAUUUGUGAUAAUUUCAGAGAAAUUUGAAAACAUUUUAUUGUAUUUAUAGGUAAGUUAUAAAAAAAAUGAAGUAAUAUUCAUUCCACCAUUCACUUGUGUUUGUUACGAUAUGUCUGUUGUGUAUUAUUUAAUUUGGAGUUAGCUUCAGGAACUCUUUGAAUGAUGAUGUAAAGUAAUGGUUUUUCUGUCAGAUUUCUUUUUUGUCAGUGAAAUUCUAAGAAAAGAACAUAUUUAUAGUAGUUAUAAUUAUGUUACUUGCAAUAAUGUUAAAGUGUUUUUUUUUAUAUGAGUGCUUGCAGUGAUUCCCACAUAUGUUCAAGAAACUAGCACUGUUAUUAGAUACAUUUAUUAUCUUGAAUAUUUUUAAAAUGUUUUGAAAUGAUUGAAAGCCUGUUCAGAGGCUCUGUGGUAUAUGAUUGUAAUACACAUGCAAUACUAAUGCUGCCAUUAUAUCAUUCUUCACUGCUGUGUGGUAAUAGUAGUUUCUUGGAGGCUUGUGUAGUUACUGAAAUGUCAUUGUUUCUCUAUUUUUCUUAAAGAGUAAUAAAACCUUGUUGUAUGUUGGUAUAUGAUAUAUGAGUGCUAUAUUGCCACACAGAUACCAGUACUAGACAGGUGAUACUUGGAGAACCAAUACUGUAGACACCAACCAGUGAAAAAUAUUUUAUUUUUGUUAAAGGGAUAACCUAGCAAAUAGUUCAAUUAAGAAAUGGAAGCUAGUCAACCAUAGCCUUACAGAUACAAUUAAAGUAUUUAGGUUUGCUUAUCUUUGUGAAAAGCAGUGUUACUGAUUUUGAUCUUUGGUGAUUUAUUUUCAUCAUUAUGUAAUUAAGUUUUGUAAAACAGUUAAAUUGUUUGACUUGAAAA